AUGUCGGACAAUCAAGAAACAACUCUUAAGGAUAAUAGUUCCAAGAAUUCAAGGAAUGAUAAACUCUUCAAGAAUGUCCAACUUCCAGUGAGAGGCACGGAAAAGGCAAGUGCAAGAGGAGUUGGAAUCGAUGCAAUCCACAUCAAUGCCGCGCGGGAAAUGGUACAAUUACAUACACGAGGUCGAAAUCCACCAGUCGAUUUAAAUAAUCGAGUAUCAAAUGCGGAACAAACUACCCUGCAACACAAUUUGAUUGGCGAUUUAAAUGGCCUCAGGAACUCCUUACCACGUGGUGCUCCAGCUGCACCAUCAAUGGUAAAACCUAAAUCGCAAUUGAAAUCGAAAUCUCCGUUGAUACUGCAAACCAAAUCACAGUCACCUGUUUCGUCUCAUUCUUAUUCGUCAUCAUUUCCAAAGCAACGAAUCAGCAUUCCAAAAAGCCAUCCACAUCAGAAAGAAUGUAGGAACCCACAAUUUGACCAGCCUAAGUUGGAUUAUUUGGGAGAUAAUGUGUUUGAGUUUCCAUUGCCGGAGAUGAUUUUUGGAAAUAAUUAUGUUAGGAUCAAGUACGUCCCACAUGAUAAAGCAGAGGACGGAGCUGGAGAUAAAGACGACGAUAAAGAUAUUGAUAAAGACCUUGAUAAAGACAAAAGCGGCGAGAUAUGGUUCAAUUCUAUAGAUGCAUUAAAGACACUAGAUGAUGAUUGCAAAUUGAAAGUGAGCUACCAUGAAGAAUGGCUAGAACUGCGUCAAAAGAAUAGCAAGAAACAACAGUUGGAGAAACGUGGCGGUGAUGCCAUGCCUUCAAAUAUAGAUGCUGGGGUAGUUCCAAUACCAGCAGAGGAUUUGAUAAGUUCCGAAGGGCUAAAACCUUAUGAUUGGACGUAUUCGACAAACUAUAAAGGGUUGACAAGAAAUUUGAAGUUUGUAGGCGGUGACGAAUUAGACCAAAAAUGGGAAAAAGAUAAAGGAAAAAAUAAUGGCGAAGGUUUACAAAUUCCUAUUGCACGACUAAUGCAACCGGAUCCAAUAUUGUUUUUCGACGAAAUGAUUCUUUUUGAAGACGAAUUGGCCGAUAAUGGAAUCAGUAUGCUUUCUACAAAGAUCAGAGUUAUGCCCACUUGUCUAUUAAUUCUAUGUCGUUUUUUUCUUAGGUUGGAUAAUGUCAUCUUUAGAGUACGGGAUUGUCGAGUGUUUAUUGAUUUGGAUAAGGAUGAAGUAAUUCGGGAAUACAAGGUACAAGAAGACACUUAUGAUAAUGUGUUGAAGAAACUGAUUCGAGGUGGCGGUAGUGGUGGUGCCGCCGCCGCAGCAGCAAAUGAUCCAAAGAGGUUGUUGAGAGAUCAAAAUUGGGUUAGUCUGAAUUUACCAGUUAUCAGCCGAACAAUAGAAAAAUGUGACAUUCAUAAGUAA